AUGGCCCCGGGCGGCGGCGAGGCGGCCAAGUACCGCUUCGAGUACUACUCGCCGCGGCCGCCGUACUGGUCGUACGACGGGCUGCCGUUCGGGGGCGUCUACGGGGCCACGCUGGCUGCGCUGCUGGCGUACGAGCUCCGCCAGGAGGCCGUCGCCUGGGAGCACUGCGUGUGGUGCGUGCUGCCCGCGUGCCUGCACGUCGUGCUGUUCCUGGCGACCCAGUGGUCGGUGGAGGCCCGGUGCCUCGUGCGGUUCCGGCGCGAGGCCGACCUCCUCCGGGCCAGCUACGUGAAGGUGUCGCGCGUCUCCGCGGAGUCCACCAAGGGCAAGGUCCACAGGGUCCUCCUGGUUCCGCUGGUGCGCCAGGGCGGCGACGCGUCCAUCUCGUAUCUCAAGAAGAAGUUCGUCUUCAACCAGGAGUCCCAGACCUUCGAGCGGCUGCGGUUCUGCGUGACCGCCAGCCUGGAGACGUACGUGAAUUCCAACGGCCUCGCGCAGCAGCAGGUUGCGGAUGCCAUGCGGAAGUUCGGGCCGAACGUGUACGAUAUCCCCCUGCCGACGUUCAGCGAGCUCUUCCAGGAGCACGCAGUGGCGCCCUUCUUUGUCUUCCAGGUCUUCUGCGUCCUGCUGUGGCUCAUGGACGACUACUGGUACUACUCACUGCUGACACUGUUCAUGCUCAUCGUGCUGGAAGCACAGAUGGUUCACCGCAGGCGGUCCGACCUGUCGGAGCUGCGGGGCAUGCGGAUCCCGCCGCGGCCAGUGGGGGUAUUCCGCGACUCCGCGUGGAAGAGCGUGAUGAGCGACCAGCUGUUGCCCGGGGACGUCGUGGCGGUGGCCCGCAAGGCGGACGUGUCGUUCCCCUGCGACGUGCUGCUCCUGCAGGGCAGCGUGCUCGUGAACGAGUCCAUGCUCACGGGCGAGAGCGUCCCGCAGAUGAAGAGCCCGGAGCUGCGGGCGCCCUUGGACAUGAGGGGCGCGCACAAGCAGAACGUGGUGCUCGGCGUCGUGGAACCGAUCCCGAGCCCCAUCUCUAUCGAGGUGAGCGCGGGGACGAGCAUCAUGCUGCACCAGAACAGUUCCAAGGCGAAGAACUUCAAGAAGGUGCCCUUUCACGGAGGCGCACCGGCAGCGGUGGGGUACGUGCUGAGGACGGGCUUCGACACCACGCAGCGGGUGACCGUGUCCAGCCGCGAGGCGCUGCACUUCCUCAUGAUCCUGCUCGCGUUCGCGGUGGGGGCCUGCUGCUACGUGCUCCACGACGGCCUCGUCGUGUUCCCCAUCAUGCUGUCGCUGGCCGUGAACCUCAGCCUCGUCGCCCUCGUGAAGAGGCAGAUCUAUUGCACCGAGCCCUUCCGAGUACCCCUCGCUGGGCGCGUGGAGACCUGCUGCUUCGACAAGACCGGCACGCUCACCAGCGACUCCAUGGAGGUCGACGGCGUCCACGGUCUCGAAGGCUCCGCGCCCCCGGAACGGGGCGAGGAGGGCGGCGGCGCCGCGGCAUUCGGGCAGGCGCUGCCGUUCCUGGCGACCGCGGUGAUGGCCGCCUGCAACAGUCUGACGCCGAUCGAGGGCGAGGUGGUGGGCGACCCGCUCGAGAAGGCCGCGCUCGGCGCCGUCCGCUGGGUGGCAGUCAGCCCCGACCUGGUGGCGUCCAGGGUCGGGAAAGGCGCAGACCGUCUCCAGGUUGUCCGCCGCUUCCCCUUCCAGUCGGAGCUGCAGCGCAUGGCCGUCGUGGUUAGGCACACGGGCCCAGGCACCGGCUACCUCCAGGGCGCCGACCCGGGCCAGCGGGGCGAGCUGGACCGGUGCAUGGCCCUGGUGAAAGGCUCCUGCGAGGCGCUCGCGCCCCGGCUGAGGAGCACGCCUGGCGGCUUCGCGGGGCUGCAGCGGGAGCUGACGAGGUCUGGGUUCCGCGUGCUGUGCCUCGCUGGCAAGGAGCUGCCGACGGAGCUCGCGAAGGGGGACCUCGAGACCGUCGACAGGGAGGAGUUCGAGCGCGACCUGGAGUUCGGGGGGCUCCUCGUGCUCCGGAACUGCGUCAAGCAAGGCACCGCCUCCACGAUCCGGCAGCUGCGAAAGAGCUACCACCGGGUGGUGAUGAUCACGGGCGACAACCCGCUGACAGCCUGCCAGGUCGCGGGCCACGUCUCGAUGGCCGACGGCGACUUCUUGAUGCUGCAGCCCCGCGACGGCGCGGGCGGCGCGGGGGGCGGACAGCUGGAGUGGAGGUCCAGCGGGGACGCAGCGAGCGAGGUGCGCGCUUUUGCGCUGGGCGAGCUCAGGAGCGUGUCCAGAGAGUUCGCGCUCUGCGUGCCAGGCUGGGCACUGCCGCACCUCUCCGAGGAGGACCUGAGCACCCUGGCGCCCUUCGUGACGGUCUUCGCACGUGUGUCGCCGCAGCAGAAGGAGCAGGUGGUCCAGGCGCUCAACGGGCACUCGCACACCAUGAUGGUGGGCGACGGCACGAACGACGUGGGGGCCCUGAAGCACGCGCACGUGGGCAUCUCGCUCUUCCCGGGCGUGCCCGCCAGCGUGCCGGCGGCGGGCGGGCCGGACGCCCGCCUGCAGGCGGACCUCGCGGGGGCGGACGGCCAGGCGCCGAUCGUCCGCCUGGGCGACGCCAGCAUCGCGAGCCCCUUCACCUACAAGGGUGAUUCCGUGAAGUGCUGCUUGCACGUGCUGCGCUGUGGGCGGGCCACGUUAUCGACGGUGCUCAUGAUGUACAAGAUCAUGGGCCUGAACAGCGUCAUGACCGCGUUCGCGAUGUCCGUGCUGACGCUGGACGGCGUCAAGCUCGGAGACGGUCAGACAGCUGUGGAGUCGCUCUUCACGUCCAUGUGUUUCUUCCUGGUGUCAAAGAGCCAUCCUGCAAAGCAACUGGCGAAGCAUCAGCCUAUCUCGAGCGUGUUUGCUUGGCCAGUGCUCUUGUCUUUGGGCCUGCAGUUAGUGGUCCACAUGGCAGUGUUGCUCAAAGGAUGGAUGAUGGCCACCGCGCUGCGCCCAAAAGAUUUCAAGCGUGAUGUAGAGGGAGAUUUUGAGCCAAACUUGACCAACACGGUGGUAUUCCAGCUAGUGGCCGCGAUGCAUGCCUCUUCAUUCCUUGCGAACUACGAGGGCUACCCAUUUAUGGAGCCGCUGUCCAAGAACAGGGCGCUCCUCUAUAGCCUCGGGCUGCUCGUGGCGGUGCUCUUCGCCACCGUGGCGGAGCUCUCGACCGACCUGAACGAGUCGCUGUCCCUGGUGCCGGCGCCGAGCGAGGACUUCCGGCAGCAGAUGUUGUUGUUGCUGGCAGCCGACAUCGGCCUCUCCGUCCUCCUCUCGCGGGGCGUCAGUGCCUUCGCGCUCCGCCUGCGCGAGCAGGCGGCCGAGCGGAGGGCCGUGCAGCUCGGGCUCGCCGCGGCCGGCGAGGCCCCGGCGCAGACCUCCAAGAAGGACAAGAAGAAGAAGAGCCAGUGA